AUUUCUAAAAUUAUUUUAUUUACCCAAAUCUGAUGAGAACGAGCCAUAUAUUUCUCGAAAACCCUAUAGGUCCGUUAUAUUGUGUUUUAUGCUGAUUUGACAUAAUGUACCAAAAUGGUACAUUUUCAGUUUAACGUGUGGUACGCUUCAUAAGUUGGACGCGGCAACACUGCUUAGGAUCUGUGGCAAUGAUCUGUCGUAAAAGUGUGUGUAGUUCCCCGAGUUCCACAGUAUAUAAAGAAACCAACACAGGAAAUGUGGAAUGUGGUUGCUAUAUUUGUACUUGUUUUGCUGGUGCUGAGUCAGCGUCAGCUACCAGCUGGUACGCUACGUAGAUUUAGAUUAUUAUUCUUCCUGUAUCUUGUAUAUGUGAUGGUGUGCUUAUAAAGUGCUUAUGUGCAAAUGUGCACAUCUCUGUAGAGCUGCAUAGGACAUUUGGUGUUAAUUAUUUUUUUCUGAUUUUCAUCAGAGGGAAAUCCCAAAAUGGCGUCCUCAUCAGGAUCGGAUCUAGAAGAGAAAGUCAAGGACCUCGGAAUAACUGAAGAGACAGAUAUAAAUAUUCUUCUGUUAGGGGAAACAGGAGUGGGUAAAUCGACAUUGAUCAACUCAUUUGCCAAUUAUUCAACUCAUGUGGAUUUUAAAAAAGCAAAAAAUGAGGAAUUACUUGUUCUUAUACCUACAGAGUUUAGUGUGAAGGAUAAAGAUGGUGAAUUCCAUGUCAUCAGCAUCGGAACUGGUGAUAAAAACGAACUUCUGAAAAGUGGUGUCUCAGCUACCCAAGAUGUUAAAACUUACGUUUUUCCCAUUUGGAAUGACAGAGUUAAAAUUCGUCUGAUAGAUACUCCUGGAAUGGGAGAUACCAGGGGUACAGAGCAGGAUAAUAUCAAUUCUGAAAACAUUUUAUCUUACAUUGGUCAACUACAGGAGCUUCAUGCAAUCUGUUUUCUUUUCAAACCCAACAAAUCAAGGAAUACAGUCUUUUUCCAAUACUGUAUGACUCAAAUUUUAUCCAAGUUAGACAAAUCUGCAAGCAAGAAUAUUAUAUUUGCAUUCACUAAUACAAGAGGCUCUGAUUAUGGGCCAGGUGAAACUAUCCAUUUGCUAAAGAAUGAAAUUGAAGCAAUUAGGAAAAAUCCUCCUCACGCAAACAUCCCAUUCAAUAGAAAUAUCUUCUGUUUUGAUAAUGAGGCAUUCAAGUAUUUAGCAGCUAUCAAGAAUGGUGUAGAGUUUGAUGCCUCAAUCGAGGAGCGAAAUAAAGAGCAAAGCUGGAAGAAUUCUCUGGCACAAUGUUGGAAGAUGAUCAAUUAUAUCGUUGGUGAUGCUAAUAAUCCUCCCUUGAAACCACAUGAUGUCAAGAGCACCAGUGCAAUAAAUGAGGCUAGAAGAGUGAUAAACCAAUUGGCACAACCUCUAGCCGAAAUAUCUCAACUCAUCGACCAUAAUAUGUAUGCACUGAGAAGACAAGAAGAAAGUCUUCUAAUGGAUUAUGACACAUUGGAUGAGCUCAAGAGUAAACUGUUCAUCCCAACUAUUGACUUGGAAGUCGUGGCAAUGACUCAUCCGUCAACAGUUUGCACCACUAGCAAGUGCGCUAAAGUUUAUCAGAAAUUGGGCAGGAAUAUCUGGCAUUACAAACAGAAGUGCCACGAACACUGUUAUCUUUCCAACGUAAUGAGAGAAAUGAUCGGCGAUCCUCAAUUGGUCAAUUGUGCUGCCAUGGAUAGAAAGAAUGAUUGUCAAAGAUGUGGAUGCAGUUUCAAAGUGCACCAACACAUUUAUUACAAGACCAAAGUUAAAGAAAUCCGAGAAGUCGAUGAUAACGUUAAGAAAAACAUUUAUGACAAAACUAAAUUGGUGGAGGAGGCUGAGAGAACUUUGCAAAGUGUCAUGAAAAAAAAAGAAGAGCUGAUCAGUGAGCACCAGAUUAUUGUCACUACUUGUGCUAGAUUUGCUCAUUUUCUGAAGAACAAUGCCAUUACACCAUUCAAUGAUUCCUAUAAAGAAUAUAUCGAGUACCUGAUUAAAAGAGAGCAAUCAAUGGGUGAAAGGUGCGUUAAUGAAACCGUCGAACAUCUCAGAAGACUUCUAAGAGAAUAUGAUGAAAUGAAGAAAUCAUUCGAUGAAGCCCUAGAGCAGAACAAGACAUCAGACUGUACCGACAGUGUGAUGACACCUGAAGUGGUCUCCGACAGCAUCCAAAGAUUGUACAAGCUCAAACACUCUGGCCAGAAGAUCAAGGAACUGUACGAGUGCCAGGAAAAGUCCAGAGCAAAAGAGUACCAAAAAACAGAAUACGUCCACAAAAAAUCUCUCAAGAAAGGGGAACAAAGCAAUAAGAAGAAAGAGGAUAAGAAAAAUAAUGACAAGAAAAAUUCUGAUAACAAGAAUAAACGUCAAGGUGCGGGCAACGAAAACAGGAUCCAAAAUAGAGGUGGAGAUAGAUUCGAGAAUCAAAGAUCAAUGCCAGAGAGCCCCCCGCCGUGUUACCAGGAGGCCCAGCAAAAUCGAGCCCUUCAUGUGAGAGCCCAUAGUCCUCAUCCCUCCCACGGGGGCUAUUAUCCACCUCCGCCGGGUGCUUAUAGGGCCAACGCUUACGGGCCUCCACCUCCACCUGGAGGUCCUUAUGUGGCGCACGGAGAUCCAAAUGGAUACGGUCGUCAUUAUAGAUAUACCAAUGAACCAAAAAGAAACGACCCCUCCUAUGAUAUAAACAUAACUGUCACAAAACCCGACCAACCCCAUCUUCCCCGAGACCCCUACUACUCCCCACAUCCGGACCCCUACUACCCCUACCGUUACCCACCCCACUCGGGCGCCUAUGGCGUUCCUCCAGCAGCUGGGGCUUACGGCGUUCCCCCAGCAGCUGGGGCAUACGGCGUUUCCCCAGCAGCUUGGGCCUAUGGCGUUCCCCCAGCAGUUGGGGCUUACGGCGUUCCCCCCGCAGCUGGGGCGUACGCUCCCCCCUUCGAGGCCGGACGCUACAGAGAUCCCCGUCAAGGGGACUAUUACGGCCCCCAUCCGAACGAUCAGCAUCAUGGUGGUCACCGCCAGAAUCCGGGACAAGCUCCUAAAGCCGGUGCCUCUGGUAAUAAGGGCGGAGGCUCGAAUUACAGAGGUAGGGGGGGUUUCAAGGGCGGUAGAGGCACAGUAAAUUCAACAAGAAAAUGAGGGUGAACGUGAAGAGGGACGGUGAAGGUAAGGCUAGCGACUAUGAGAAUUCUGAUUACUACGUUUUGUAAUGGGUUUUAUAAUUUAUAUGUAGUUGGUGCACUGGAUGAUUGAAUCCUCCUUAACUCGUUUGAUAGCUAUCGAAAUAUAAAGUGUUUUUAUUGAGAAAAAAAGAACAGCGGACAAUGUAUUUUUAUAAAUUUUGAACAAUUGGUUUAGCU